UAGCCAAAAUUUUAGGGCUUUAUGCUAUGGUGUCGAGGGCUUUGUGCGCCUUGCCAGUGCUGGGAUGCGUCGGUGGAUCUUCCGUGCGAGCUGCGAUGGGCGCCAGGGGGAUUGCUGCUGGCGCCCUCAUCUGGAGCUCCCGAAAGAGGUGCUUUUGUUCGAUUCACGCGAAUGCAGGUAGCAAUGCGAGCGCCACCGCCGUGGAGGAUGCCGAAAUCCGUCCCGCAAAGAAGCCGGUGGACGAGGCCGUGACGCCGAGGAGCCAGGAUUUCAGUCGAUGGUACCUGGAUGUGAUUGACGCUGCCGAGCUCGCGGAUUAUGGGCCAGUGCGAGGAACUAUGGUGAUUCGACCUUACGGCUAUGCGAUUUGGGAGUUUGUCCAGUCAUGGCUCGACGCAAAAUUCAAGGAGACUGGACAUUCCAACAUGUACUUCCCACAGCUCAUUCCAUACUCGUUCAUCGAGAAAGAAACAAGCCAUGUCGAAGGAUUUAGCCCCGAGCUUGCACUGGUGACUAUAGGCGGAGGGAAAGAGCUAGAAGAGAAGCUUGUGGUGAGUUCUUUGAAACUUAUCCUCCUUGAUCAUGUGAGAUGUACAGAUGCUUUCCAGGUGAGACCAACGAGCGAAACCAUGGUGAAUCACAUGUUUGCUCAGUGGAUUCGAAGUCAUCGGGAUCUUCCACUGCUGGUCAAUCAGUGGGCAAACGUGACGAGAUGGGAAAGAAGAACGAAGCCUUUUAUCAGAACACUAGAGUUUUUGUGGCAAGAAGGCCACACGGCCCAUGCAACAGCGCAAGAAGCUGAAGAGGAGGCUCUUCGAAUGAUAGAGGUCUAUCGGACCUUUGCUGUCGAACAAGCUGCGAUGCCAGUGAUCGUGGGCCGUAAGUCGAGACUUGAAAGAUUUGCGGGCGCUAUCUGUACGUAUACUAUUGAAGCCAUGAUGGGAGAUCGAAGGGCGUUGCAAGCUGGUACUAGUCACAACCUUGGCCAAAAUUUUGCUCGAGCUUUUGAGACUCAGUUUACGGAUGUAAAUGGUGAUUUGCAACAUAUCUGGCAGACGUCCUGGGGAAUGAGCACCCGCAUGGUAGGAGGCAUUAUCAUGACACACGGCGACGAUAAAGGAUUGAUGCUUCCUCCAAAGCUUGCUCCCAUUCAGGUUGUGAUCGUGCCAAUUUGGAAGAAGGGUGACGAACAAGAAGCUGUUUUACAAGCGGCUCAUAAGGUCGAGAGUCUUGUGAGGGCCGCCGGCAUUCGGGUCAAACUGGACACAUUUGAUCAAAGAACUCCGGGAUGGAAGUUCAACCACUGGGAACUGAAGGGAGUACCGAUUCGAAUUGAAAUCGGGCCCAAAGACGUUGCAAACAACUCAGUUGUAGUUGCUAGAAGAGAUGUUCCCGGCAAGGCAGGGAAAGAAUUUGGCAUAUUUAUGGACAGAAGCGUUUUGAUUGAUCACUUGCGAGCCAAGCUGGACGACAUUCAGUCAAGUUUGUUGGCCAGAGCGACUGAAUUCCGAGACAGUAACAUAGUGGAUGUCAAUUCUUACGAGGAGCUCAAGGCUGUGAUUGCCGAGGGAAAAUGGGCGAGGGGCCCAUGGUGUGGGAGUGAUGACAACGAGACCACUGUGAAAGAAGAAACUGGAGCCACCAUUCGAUGCUUCCCAUUCGACCAGCCAGAGGCAAAGACGUGCAUUUUCACAAACAAAACUGCCCAUGAGGUGGCCAUUUUUGCGAAGUCCUAUUAACGAGAGAGUAUCAUCCCUGUAAGAUACUAUGGUGAAAAUGGUGUUGCGUGAAAAAAAGUCCGUACACAUGGUACUCUACGAUAUUGGAUAUUCUCUAUGUUAAUUCCCAACAUUUCUGUCUGAGAUUUGGGAUUUCUUGAAAUUAUAUGACCAGCCUAGAAUUUCUAAAA